GUCGCGGUCUUCUCUCCUGCUCUCCUCAUCGAGACAAGACGUUUACCACCUUGCGAUGUUCACACCGCCGAUCUCCACCUUCUCGUUAGACGCGCCGCAGCUGCAAUGAAGCAGCCAUUCGUGUUGAAGAUACCGCUGUUAGUCCAGUGUGCAAUGAACGUGACGGCGGUGGAGGCGGAUAUGUGAACGUGUUUUCUGACAGGCGGGUGCCUCGUCCAUGUGGGCUUCGUGCUGCGGUCUGCUGAAUGAGGUCAUGGGUACCGGGGCCGUCAGAGGCCAGCAGCCGGGGUUCGGGGCCGGCGCUGGACCCUUCAGGUUCGCCCCCAGUGCGGGGUACUCCACAUACCCGCCCAGCGGCUCAGGGACGCCCGGUCUUGUGUGCAAGAGCUGCGGUCAGGCUUUCUCUGUGUUCAGGAGGAAGUACAUUUGCCGCGACUGCAAGAAGAGCUUCUGCUCUCUGUGCUCCGUCCUCCAGGAGAACCUGCGCAUUUGUGCAACAUGUCAUUUGCUGAACGCAACGGCCUUUCAGCGCCCGCUGCUCAUGCGCCUGCGAGUCAGGGACCUGCGUCAGUACUUGCUGCUUCGUAACAUCCCCACCGACACCUGCAGGGAGAAGGAAGACUUGGUGGACUUGGUGCUCUGUCACCAAGGCAUUGAGGAAGAGGAGGGUCUUUCUACCGCGCAGUCGGCCUCAGAGCUGUCUGCAUUUGUCGCCUCUCGGGAAGAGCAGCUCAGCAGGAGCGAUAGCUCUGAUACCAACCAGGAUAUAGGUGAUGCCACAUCUGUGUCUCUUCUCAACAUGGACGCGAGUGAACACACUCUUGAGGUCAGUCCUCAGACGCGAUGUCGGGCCAGAGCGUCUCUCUCAGACAUUUCCAGCUUGAGGGACAUUGAGGGCCUGUCUGUGAGGCAGCUGAAGGAGAUCCUCGCCAGGAACUUUGUCAACUACUCAGGGUGCUGUGAGAAGUGGGAGCUGGUGGAGCGCGUCAACAGACUGUACAGGGAGACUGAAGAGAACAGGAAGUCAUUGGAAAAUGUGAGCACUACUGUAACUGCAGACGGUGAGAAGGGUCCGCUGACGAUCCAAGACGACAACCUCUGCAGGAUCUGCAUGGACGCCACGAUCGACUGCGUCCUCCUGGAGUGCGGUCACAUGGUCACCUGCACGAAGUGCGGCAAGAGGAUGAGCGAGUGCCCGAUCUGCAGGCAGUACGUUGUGAGGGCCGUGCACGUCUUCAAGUCCUAAUGCAUCAGUGGAACGCCGCAGAACCUGCGGCCUCUCCGACUGCAACCGCACCUUACGUUGGCCACACAGCUCAUGACCUUUGAUCCCCAAGAAGACUCACUUUGUGGAUGCUCUGUUUAAAUUUCCUACAACUCUUCCAUUAUUUGCACAUUGAAAUACUAUGGCAAAUGUGUGUAGGAGCCUCAUCGGUCAAUUCUCAAGUAAACAUAUCUCUGAUCCGGGUUCAUUCCAAGGUGUCUGUUAUGGGCAUAUUUGUUUUCAAAGCGAAGAAUGUGUGGUGCUCAGCCACGUGGAGUCUUUUCAAACACAACGCGUCUCCCUCAUAUCCCGCCUAGGAACUUUAGCUUAACAGCAUCUCUCUUUACAUCUUUCACCGCAAGUGACUACAUAUCAAGGACCACCGCCGCAUAGCAGAACCUCACCACACAGGAGAAGAACACGAUGCCAGAUAACGGGUAAUCGUGCCCUUAUGCUUCUCACCCCUUCCGACUGUGUGGCACAUUUUAGCAGAAGGCUCUUUCUUAGCACUGCAUGUUCAUGGGCCACUGCUCGCUACCCACCGCAGACUUUGUAAUGGUGGCUUUGUGUUAAUUGAAUGGUGUAGAAAGUGAAUUAGAAAUCACUGAUCUUUUCAAGUUAACUCAGCCCACACGUGAGCAGCUGGUUUGCCAUUGCAACUCAAGCGUACGACAACUUUAUGAUGAAGUCAUUGCAUUAUUAGUAAUACACUUAUUACAUGAGCGCAUUGUCAUGCAUUACACAUUGAAAUGGUCAUACAAAGUGUCAUUACAGCAAUAGCUAAUCUCCGCUGUCUCAGCACUUGAGACAAGAGACAAAACGGUGCUAACUCAUACAACCGUUUCCCUGUUUUCUAGCUGAACCGUGGAUGUGAAACUGAAUGUUUAUAUAUUUUUUUUGUUGUAUAUUGGUGGGCGUGGAAUGAAGUGUCUUAAUGCUUUGUAGUUUUCUCUUAUGUAAGGAUGAUGUGUUGAACUAACUUUUCAAAGAUAUAACUACGAGUUUACUGACACCUGUGGUAUAGAAGGAAUAUAAAAUGAUGACUUGGUCAUGUACAUUUGCAUAUAAUUAUCCACAUGAUAUGUAAUAUAUAUAUAUAUAUAUAUAUUUCCCUUUAAUUUGAAUAGUGCUAUAUCAGAUUAUUAAAAUGUCCCCACGGUUAUGUUAGUUUUACAGUUUGAUACAUUUAAAAUGAUUUGUUAGAAAAAUGUAUCUGCCCUGGUUUGCUAGAGCUGUAGUUCCUUAUGAACCAGAACAUGAACAGAUCCCCGUCCUCUUCAACUAUACAACUCAUUUAGAAGUAUCCAGCUGUGUACUGCACCCACACAACAUUGCUGCUAUUAGAGUAAAGACUCCUACAAUCAUGAAGGUAGCAGAGCAGUUUGCACUUUUCAUUAGAGAGGGUAUCAAAGUUUGGUCUUUGCAUUCGGGAAUGUUGAACUUUUUAUUUUGGUAAUUAAAGAUUUUAAUUAAU